AUGACACGCAAGAACGCGAGCCUCUCCAAACGCCGCUCCAAACCCAGCCUAAAACUAGCGACGGGAUCGAACGGCCAUGCGAAUGGAAAGAUGAAUAACAACAUCGAAAUGCGCAGGCGGGACACGCCCUCCUCCGAGUCCUCCGCCGAUCGAACAGCCACUCUCAUGUCGCGACCCAGCUUCUCCCUCGAUAAUGAGCCUUCCGUCAUCCCACAAACGCCUGUCAUGGCAAACACAGCCUUCCACAACCUGCCUGCGAGUGAUCGCCGGAAUUUCCUCCUACUCGUUCUGCUCUAUUUCCUCCAGGGAGUGCCCAUGGGCCUGGCCACAGGUUCCGUGCCAUUCCUGCUCAAGCCGUACCUCUCAUACGGCCAGAUUGGUGUAUUCUCACUCGCCUCAUACCCCUAUUCCCUCAAGCUCUUUUGGAGUCCGAUUGUCGAUGCAGUCUGGAGUACACGCUUUGGACGUCGUAAGAGCUGGAUCACACCAGUGCAGGUCAUUGCCGGUCUCGCGAUGAUCUACUUGGGUGGGCACAUUGAAGAAAUGAUGGUCCAGGCCGGAGCCAAUGGGGGUGCGGGUGUAUGGAAGUUCACCUACUGGUGGUUCAUGCUGGUGCUGUUCUGCGCGACUCAGGACAUUGCCGUGGACGGGUGGGCCAUCACGCUCAUGUCCCCACCCAAUAUCUCGUACGCCUCGACCGCCCAGACAGUCGGACUGACUGCGGGCCACUUCCUGUCUUACACUGUAUUCUUGGCAUUCAACUCGAAGGACUUUGCCAAUCGGUGGUUCCGGGCCAUCCCCGGCGAGGGCGGCCUACUCUCCCUCGGCACCUAUCUCGCAUUCUGGGGCUGGUCAUACCUGAUUGUGACAUUGGGUCUGGCCUUGCUCAAAAAGGAGGAUCAUACCAAGGAGCGUGAUAGCAUCAUGGAUGUGUACAAGAGCAUGUGGAGUGUUCUGAAGCUGAAGAACAUUCAGACUAUCAUUCUCAUCCACUUGAUUGCCAAGAUCGGCUUCCAAGCCAAUGACGGCGUGACUAGCUUGAAGCUCCUCGAUAAGGGCUUCGGACAGGAUAACAUGGCCUUGGUGGUGCUAAUUGACUUCCCCUUUGAGAUUAUGCUGGGCUACUACGCGGGUCAGUGGUCAACCAACUACGGUGCUAUGCGCCUCUGGGGCUGGGCCUUUGUUGGCCGACUGGCAGCUGCUGUGUUGGCCCAGUUGACUGUCAUGAUCUAUCCCAGCGCCCCCGAAGUACCCAUGUGGUACAUGCUGACCGUAAUCGGCGAGCACGUCCUAUCAACCUUCAUGAAUACAGUCAUGUUCGUCGCCAUCUCGGCCUUCCACGCUCGCAUUGCGGACCCAGCCAUUGGUGGGACAUACAUGACUCUCCUGGCAACUGUCUGCAACCUGGGCGGAACAUUCCCCCGAAUCUUCGUUCUAAAACUAGUAGACUUUUUCACAGAAGCAACCUGUCUCCCACCAACCACCGCCCCAGCCGCCGAAACCCUAAACGGCGACCUCAUCACAACAGCCUUCUCCUGCGCCCUCGAGCCAGAGAAGAACCGCUGUCUCGCUGGCGGCGGUACCUGCCAAGUCGACCGCGACGGCUACUACAUGACCAACAUGAUUUGUGUUCUCAUUGGCGCAGUGACAUUUGUAAUGUUCAUCCAACCUGCCGCUAGAAAAUUGCAAGCUUUGCCUCUACGCGCGUGGCGUCUGACUCCUGGCGUAGGCCGGGAGUAA